GCUAGUACUAGUAGUAUAGCACGUGUGGACUCUUAACUUAGUAAUCACUUCAUAUUAUUGUAUUCAUUUGCACCAUAACCAUUGUACUAGGUCAAAUCAAAUAUCUAUCGUCGUGUGGUUUCAAGUGGCAUCGCUCAGAUACUAGUACUAGUAGUAGUAGUCCGUUUCGUGCUCACAAUGCCGGGAACUUUGGAGGAAAGUGAAGCUGCGGAUGGUGGAGUGGAGCCAGCGACUCGCACCUUCACACCCAUACAGCGUCAAUCGUCAUACAGCAAAGCGGUGGAAGAUGCCUCGGCGAAGAACUCCAAGAGCGUUGGCGAUGACGAUCUCGAAGAAGAAGGCCUGGUCGAUGGCAAGAAGAAGAAGGAGAAACCAGAAAUGGUCCCAAUCGAAGAGCUGUUUCGCUAUGCAACUGGACUCGAUCACUUCCUGAUCUUCGUCGGCAUUGUAGCAGCGUUGAUUCACGGUGGAGCACUUCCUGGUGUUAUCUUUGUUCUGGGCGAGGUACUGGACGAGUUCAUCAAGCAGUCCAACUACUCGGCAAUGUACGGAAAUGACACGGAAGGGCUGGCCAAGGCGAAUGCCGACUUUGAGUCACAGAUAUCGAUAUUCGCCUGGGUGUUCGGAGGACUGGCCAUGCUCACUUUCAUUGUUGGCUACAUUCAGACGGCAGCAUGGUACUACUCUGGCAUUCGUCAAGUACAUGCUGUACGCCGCAGCUUCUUCCGGUCCAUCAUCUACCAGGAGAUGGGCUGGUUCGACACGCACAACACUGGAGAGCUGGUCAGCCGUUUGUCCGGUGACAUGAUCAAGAUCCAGCAAGGUCUUGGCGAGAAGAACGGACUGUUGGUCCAGUGGUUAUCCAGCGCUAUUGUCGGCAUAGUGAUGGGUUUUGUGCAAGGUCCUCUGCUAGCCCUGGUCGUCCUAGCCUGCACACCACUCCUUGCCAUAGCAGCAGCCAUGAUGUCCAAGCUGUUGGGUAGCUACCAAAAUAAGGAGCAAGGGGCCUAUGCAAAGGCUGGCAGUGUGGCCGAGGAAGUUCUGUCCUCCGUUCGAACGGUCGUGGCGUUCGGCGGCGAAGACAAGGAAGUGGAUAGGUACACAAAAGAGUUGGAGUCCGCACGGAAGCUGGGAAAUCGCAAGGGAGCCGUCGUGGGCUUCGGAACUGCAUUCGUGUUCGUUGUCAUGUUUUCUACAUACGGACUGGCAUUCUGGUGGGGAUCACAACUGAUUAUCAAGGAUAAGCUUACCCCCGGUGAUAUGUUAACGACGUUCUUUGCUGUUCUGAUCGGAGGAUUUGCACUUGGCCACGCCGCCCAGAACUCUGAGGGCUUGAGCACGGGACGAGGCGCUGCUGUUUCUGUGUACCGCAUCAUCAACAAGGCAUCACUGAUUGACGCUAGCGCCACACGUGGCAAGCGGCUGGACAAGUUUUCGGGUGACAUUUCAUUUGAGAAUGUUGGUUUCACGUAUCCCAGUCGACCGGACACCAAGAUUCUGACCAAGUUAGAUCUUAGAAUACCGUCGGGCAAGACGGUGGCCAUUGUUGGUGCGAGCGGCUGCGGCAAGAGUACUAUUGUCCAGCUCAUUCAGCGAAUGUAUGACCCGGAUCACGGCACGGUGCAACUAGAUGGCGAGGACAUCCGUGAAUACAACCUCGCUUGGCUGCGCAGUCAGAUUGGUGUCGUGAGCCAGGAACCACUUCUGUUUGCUGCCACCAUCAAGGAGAAUAUCAUGUAUGGUCUCGACCGUGGCUACAUCACACAGGAUGAAGUUGAAGUUGCCGCUACAGCUGCCAAUGCCCAUUCGUUCAUUAUGGACUUGCCUCACGGUUAUGACACGCUGGUGGGAGAGCGUGGCUCGCAGUUGUCUGGAGGUCAAAAGCAGAGAGUAGCCAUAGCCCGUGCCCUGAUUCGCAACCCACGUAUUCUUCUGCUGGAUGAAGCUACGAGCGCCCUUGACACGGAGAGUGAAGGCAUUGUUCAAGAAGCGCUAGAUAAGGCUCGCCUGGGCCGCACCACGGUUGUGAUUGCACAUCGACUGUCGACAGUGCGCAAUGCCGACCUCAUUGUAGCCAUUGACAACGGAGAGGUUAAUGAGAUUGGAACUCACGACGAACUGAUGACUGCUAAGGGCAUCUACUACACCUUGGUGACUAUGCAGACAUUCUUGACCGAAGCCAGGCCAGAGACAUUGGAGGACUCAGAACUUGCGCUUGGAAGUUUGGCUGGCGAAGUUCUGUCAACAAACAUUGGUAGUCCGGUGCGGCAGAUUUCCUUGAAAGACGAGGCGGCCAGGUUCACCAGGCAGUUUAGCAAGCAAACGUCAACUGCUGGAUCUGCAGCGGGUCAAUCUGCCGCCGACCUCAAGCGUCAACCAUCCACAACAGCACCGGCGAAGGGAACUGAUGAUAAGAAGAAGCCUGCGGAACCGGAGGAGGAAGAGGACGACGAGUUCAAGGAUGCCAAGGGUCCCACGCUGCGUUUGUUGCGCGACAGCGCUCCGGAGUGGUGGGCACUGCUCAUCGCUGGACUGGGUGCUUUGGUGCAAGGUGCAACAAUGCCAGCGUUUGCCCUCCUCUUCUCUAGAAUGCUGGAGAUCUUUAGCAUCCAAGACAAAGCCGAGUUUGAGAAGGAAGCAAACUUCUGGAGCGGAAUGUUCCCUGUUCUUGGACUUGUAUCAGGCCUGACAAUGUUCCUCAAUGUCUUCUUCUUUACUGUUGCUGGUGAAGGCCUGACCAAGCGCAUGCGCCGCAAGGUCUUCCGUUGCUUCUUGCACAAGAACAUGGACUUCUUUGAUGAUCCCAAGAAUUCCACAGGAUCUCUGUCCGUCCGACUGUCUCGUGAUGCAGCUCUCAUGCAGCAGGCGGGUGGUAAAACAAUGGGCCAGGCACUUGCGGCUUUAACCACACUGGUGGCGGCACUGGUCAUCAGCUUCACAGCCAAUGUCUAUCUAACGCUGGUUAUCAUGGGCCUGGUGCCUGUCAUUGCUGUGGCAGGAUACCUGCAGAUGAAGACACUUGCCGGCCACGAGCACAGCAACAAGGAUCGCCUCCAGGAUGCUGGCAAGAUUGCUGUGGAAACCAUUGAGAACAUUCGGACCGUCGUUGCAUUUGGCCUGGAGAAGCGACGCUUUGAAGCCUACAUGGUGUCCCUGGACUCGGUACAUACCAAGGAGAAGCGUGAAGCGCAUACGUAUGGCUUAAUGACUGGCUUUGGCGUGGCUACUAUAUUCACUAUCUAUGCUGUGUCAUUCCGCUUUGGUGGAUACCUGAUUGCGCACCAGGGCGUGGCGUACGGAGAUGUUUUCAAGGUAUUCUCGGCUCUAGUCUUCAGUGCUAUGUCACUCGGACAGGGAACAGCGUUUGCUGGUGAAGCUGGCAAGGGUGGACCGGCAGCUGCACGCAUCUACUCCCUACUGGAUGGAGCCUCUGGCUUCUACGAGACAACGGAAGAUCUGGAAAAGCCGGAUCAUGCCAGCGGUACAAUUGAACUGGAGGACGUGGACUUCACCUACCCGUCGCGUCCAGAGAAGCAGGUCCUCAACAAGCUGAGCCUGUCGGCCAAGGAAGGCGAGACGGUGGCCUUGGUCGGCACGUCCGGCUGUGGCAAGAGCACCAGUGUGUCGCUGCUGGAGCGCUUCUACGAUGUGCAGUCCGGCAUAGUGAAAGUGUCUGGUUAUGACGUGACGCGGGUGAACGUGCGUUGGCUAAGACAGCAGAUGGGCAUCGUGCAACAAGAGCCGGUGCUGUUCGACUCCAGUAUCGCCGACAACAUUGCUUACGGCGCUCUGUUCAAGGACAUUGUCACUCAGGGUGAAAUCGAAGAGGCGGCGCGCAAGGCGAACAUCCACACUUUCAUUGUCUCCCUUCCGCAGGGAUAUGAGACCAACGUAGGUCCGAAGGGUACGCAGCUCUCUGGUGGACAGAAGCAGCGGGUUGCCAUUGCUCGUGCUCUCAUUCGCAAUCCCAGGAUCCUUCUCCUGGAUGAGGCGACCAGUGCCCUGGACACGGAGAGUGAAAAGGUUGUGCAGACGGCGUUGGAUGAAGCUCGCAUUGGCCGCACCUGCGUUACUAUAGCACAUCGCCUGUCGACAAUUCAGAACGCCGACUGCAUCUAUGUGCUAGGGAAUGGAGAAGUCCUGGAGUCUGGAUCGCACGCCCAGCUCAUGGAGAAGGAAGACGGUGCGUACUACAACCUGAACAAGGCGCAGAUCACCACCAGAAAGAUCAACUAAGCUUGAGAGAAGGCGAGCGUGUGUCCACGUCACACUGGACUGGAUGUGCUGGAUGUGCUGCCCCGGCAAGCUGUACAAGUUACUCCACAGUGUUACAUUGCUUUUUGUGUGCUUCAAAUGGCAACUGUUCAUCAGUUGCUAUGUACGUGUUAGGCGAGUGCCACCUGCAGUGAUUCGGUUCUCUAUAAAGAAUAUUAUCGUGUGAAUUUUUCAUGGUAAACACAUUAUACACACAAUAUUUUUAAUUUUUUUACGUCGAACGCAACCCUUCUUGUGAAUUAUCGGAAGGGGGGGGGGGGGUGGAGUAGCAGGAGAGAGCUCCUCGCGUAUCUCUCGGAUCCCCAUGACUAGCAGCCACAGUCAUUUUACGGUUCCUCGCACCGUGUCGCAUAUUACAUCUGUACCCGCACCGGCUGUGAAUGCUGGCAUUCCUUUUAUCUCUCUUUUUAGACGGCCUUUCUUCUUGACUUGCACUCGAUACUUGCACUCGGGGAGUGUGAAAGCUGCCCGCCGGCACGUGUCUGUUUGCCGUUUGUGCUUGAGCAGUGUAGGAUCGGCCAUGCCGCAUGAUUUUACAUUGUGCAUGUAUGUAGUGCUUGAUGCAUUGAUCAUACUGCACUACUAUAGCAAUUUACAGGCCUGAGGCUUCUAUACGAGAUCAACCAAAUUAUGUUACACGUACUGUGGGCGAAAAGUAUAAGAAUUACGUUUUUCAUCUUUUGUUUUUAAGAGCCAUUUCUCCAUGCGCAUUCAUGUUUUUUUUUCAUUUCUAUGCGUGAUCAAAUAAUUAUAUCUAAUUCUACUUGUAGAUGAUUGAGCUCAAUGUCCCGGCAA